CGCUUCGCGCGUAUUGGCGGAGCGAACACAAACGAAACUUUACACAACAAUCAGAUCCAACAAUAACAAUAUUAACGAAAAUGCAAUAAAUGUGCAAAAAAUCAACAACAACAACCAAACUCACAACUUAAGGCUAAGGCCAGCCAAGAGACGACAAACAAGAACAACAACAACAACAGCAGUAGCAGCAGCAGCAGCAGCAGCAGCAACAACGACGAGGACGUGGAUCACAACAACGGCCAAAUCAUGAUCAGCAGCAGAUGGAGUAGCCUCCAGGCACUGGUGCUGCUCCUCAUGCUGACGAUGCACUGCAGCCGACACCCAGCAACGGACGCCUACAACAUCGACCUGCCCAGCUACGUGCGACAUCGGCACGCCAGCAGCUCGAUGUUCGGCUUCAGCAUUGCGCUACACAAGACUCGCAGCAACUAUGCGAACAAUUCUUUGGUUGUGGGCGCACCCAAGUUCGACACGUCGACGUAUCAGGAGCACGUGGUGGAGGCUGGAGCCGUAUUCAAAUGUUCGAUGAACGACGAUGACUGUCAUUUGGUGCAAUUCGAUUCGAAAGGCAACAACAAGAACACAAUGGGCGAAACAAUCGAUCGCAAGUCAUAUCAGUGGCUCGGCGCAACUGUCGCCACCGGACGGGACAGCGACUUGGUUGUGGCCUGCGCGCCGCGCUACGUCUUCCACACGAUGACGCCAUCGAGGGCGCUGCGCUAUGAUCCGGUGGGCACCUGCUUCACCUCGCACAACUUUGCCCAGUUCCACGAGAUAUCGCCGUGCCGCACAAACAACUGGGGCUAUCAUCGUCAGGGCUCAUGCCAAGCUGGCUUCAGUGCGGCUAUCAACAGUAACGGAUCGCGUUUGUUCAUUGGCGCACCUGGCAGCUGGUACUGGCAAGGACAAACCUACUCAAUACCGCCCGAUGCCGAGUUUCCAUUUAAGCCGCCUUAUUAUCAGCCCUUCGGCACUGGAGGUCAAGCGAUAUCCCAGGAUGUGACCAGGCCCGAGAACCAGGUGUUCUCCACGGCGGAGAGCUCAUCGGCCAACGACGAUUCGUACCUGGGUUAUUCUAUGGUCACUGGAGAUUUCGAUGCAGAUCGCACUGAAGACGUUGCCAUUGGCAUGCCGCGCGGCGCCAAUCUGUCCGGCAAGGUCGUCGUCAAUCGCUGGAAUAUGGCCAACAUCAUGAACAUAUCGGGUCACCAGAUUGGCGAGUACUUCGGCUAUGCCCUGGCCAGCAGCGAUGUGGACGGCGAUGGACUCGACGAUCUGAUCAUCGGUGCGCCCAUGUACACGGAGCUGAACAAUGUCGAGGGCAAGUACGAUGUGGGACGUGUCUAUGUGGUGCUACAGGGCGGCGUAUCUCAGUCGGAUCGCUGGAAUAAGGAGUUCAUACGAGAAGGCUUUCAGACCAAGGGACGCUUUGGCCUGGCGCUCACCACGCUGGGUGAUGUCAACGGCGAUGGCUAUGGCGAUUUUGCAGUGGGUGCACCCUACGAUGGACCCGAGGGUCGUGGCGUGGUGUACAUCUAUCAUGGUUCAGCGCUAGGUCCCCUCCUGAAGCCCUCGCAGAUCAUUAAGGCUGAAAGUCUGGUCGAGGCGGCUCCAUACCCGCGCACCUUUGGCUUUGCGUUGUCCGGCGGAGUGGACAUGGAUGGCAAUACGUAUCCUGACUUGGCUGUUGGCGCCUAUGCCUCGGAUCAGGUGUUUAUUUUCAAGUCGCGCCCAGUGGCCGCUGUCAAUGCAGAAACGGUGUUUGCCAGUGCCUCGAAGCUGAUCAGCCUGGACGACCGCACCUGCCAGCUGCAGCGCGAUCACAAGAUGGUUCCCUGUAUGCCAUUGAGCACCUGCUGGAGCUACACAGGUCGCUAUCUGCCCGCGCAGCUGGACUUUGAAGUCUCCUGGCUGCUGGAUGCGAAGAAGACGCGCAAUCCCCGCAUGUUCUUCCUGCGUGACGAGGGCAAGAACAUCCGCAACCAGACGAUCCGACUCGCCUACGGCCAAAGGUAUUGCCUCAACGAGACCGUCUACCUCAUGGACGGUGUCCAGGACAAGCUGACACCCCUCGAGGUAGAGGCGCGCUACAACCUGCGCAGCAGUCGCCCCAUCGAAUCCCGUUCCCGGACACGUCGCGCAGCCCUUGAGCCGGUCAUCGAUCAGAACCGCGAGAUCAUUCUACGCGAUGCGAUCAACAUACAAAAGAACUGCGGACCGGACAACAUCUGUGAGCCCGAUCUAUCACUGACCGUAACGGCCGUCGACAAGUAUCUGUUUGUGUCCGGCGAGCCGCUGACCAUUGAGGUGCUGAUCAAGAACAAUAACGAAGAUGCCUUCGAGGCUGCAUUCUACAUGAUGACGCCCAAGGACUUGCAGUUCACCAAGCUGCAGCAGCUGGGCGAGAAGAUCGACAUGCCCAUCACCUGCUCAGCGCCCGAUGCCAGCAACAACUACACCCUCAAAUGUGACAUUGGUAACCCGCUAAAGGGUGGCAAUAUGACUCACUUUGCGGUCAGCUUUGUACCGGCGGAGAAGCACACGAAGACGUCCAGCUACGAUUUCUAUUGGGUGGCCAAUUCCACAAAUGUGGAGCGCAAGAACUCCGAGUACGAUAAUGUGGGCAGCAAGAGCAUUGGCGUCUGGGUAGAGACCGACCUGACCAUCAAGGGUACCUCGCUGCCCGACUACCAGGUGUACAAGGCAGCCGACUACAAGGCACCCGGCAACGCCACCACCGAGGACGAACUGGGUCCACAGGUGGUGCAUAUCUAUGAGCUGCGCAACAACCUCAGUUCCUACAUUGAGGGCGCCGUUGUGGACAUCUACUACCCCUAUCAGACCGAAUCUGGUGAUCCACUCAUGUACAUCGUCAAUCAGCCGGAGACGGGCGGUAAAAUCCGCUGCGACAAGAUCGAGGUUAACGAGCUGGGCCUCAAGCUGAACGAGAAGCAGAAGAACAAGUCCUACCUGCAUGCCCAGGGCGCGAUUAGCAACUCUGUGCCGGCGACAUGGGAUGCUUCGGCUGGCAGCGAGGGAGCUGGCGGUCAUGUGGAGAUCUCGCAUGGCAUCCAAACCGGCAACACGGUUGGCGUCACCGUCGGCAACGACAACCAGCGCAGCCUGACACCCAAGCAGAAGGAGCUGCUGGAGCGCGAGGACGCCCAGGACGCGGCAGGAGACGCCUCCUUUGUGCAUUUGGAUCGUGCCAAUCAAGCGGGCUCGAGCAGCAACCAGGAGGCGAACAUGAAUCAGAGCAGUGGCAGCUUCUCAAGUGGCGGUUUCAUUCCAGCUGCGCCCAGCGGCGAGCUGCUCAGCCACAGCACCCAUGGCCAUAUUCAAAUGGCGCCGCCCCAGGUCACCUCCAGUUCCAGAUCCAGCUACCAAAUGCGACCCCAGCAGCAGCGGCAGCAGCAAGUUUAUCUUGCUGGCGGCCCAGUGGACAAGUCGAUGUAUGGCGGACGCAAUGGCGACUUCCAUGCGGGCACCCUUGAUCUGGGCACCUUCAACCGCGGCAACGUGGACAAUGAGCUGCACAAUAGCCAGGUGCAGUACGGCCAGCCGGCGGUGCAGCGGCGUGUGGUGUAUAGCUCUGGUAGCAAGCCGUACUAUGGCCGUGAGAACGAGGACUUCUACGACGAGGACAAUCAGCAGCAGAAGGCGUUUGGCCAGUGGCACAGCUCCAGCUCCAACUCGAACUCUGCGCCUCGUCGCUACAGGCGCGACGUGCCUACUACGAUAGAGAUGCGUCUGGCGAAUGGCACGUCACCCUGCCUGGGUGUCCAGUGUCGUCGACUGCGCUGCUACUUGGAGAAUCUGGGCUAUGAGGAUGCGGAUGCGGCCUUUGUGGCCAUACGAGCUCGUAUGGUAGCCACCACCAUGGAAAAGCUGGCGCCCACUGUGCCGUUGAAUGUAUCCACGCUCGCCGUGGCGAACGUGACCAGCUUGCCCUUCAUUGGCAAGCCCAAGGAGAAGAUAUUGAAGACGCACGAGAUCUUCUACAAGGCGCAGCCAGAGCCGCAGCAGGUGCCCGAUGUGGUGCCGCUCUGGGUUGUGGUCUUGGCUGCAUGUGCGGGUGCUCUUAUCUUUCUACUGCUCGUUCUGCUGCUCUACAAGUGCGGCUUCUUCAAGCGCAAUCGGCCCGCAGAUCAUUCGCAGGAGCGACAACCGUUGCGCAACGGUUACCAUGGCGAUGAACAUCUGUAAAUGCGUUGCAUCCGCAGCAGCAGCUGCCGAAAUUUAAAUAACAGAAAUACAAAAAACAAAAAAAAAAACACGAACAAUUAACAUCUCACUAAAAAAAUGUACUAAACACAAAAAACAAUGCAGCAGAUGCAAACAAACAACGGUUCUAAAAACAGCAACAAAAACUCUACUAAAACAUCGAACGCACUUAACCAAGUUUCAAACCGCGCGCGCGUUUUUAAAACGCGUGCCAAAGCACGACAACAAAAGCAAAAGAAAAUGAAGAA